AUUGAAAAUAGGACAGAAUGAGUGAGGAAUGUCCCUACGUUCGGAAACGUGUAAUUUCUGCUUAAGAGCACAGAAAAGCAAAAUGUAUUUGUCGCAGAGUCAACAAAUUUGACAAAAGCAAUUAAGGAUCUAUUCUACAGAACAUUUUCAUUUUUAACCUGCAAUCAUUUCAACGUAAUCCACGCCAAAGAUUAUGAAUUUUAUAGCACGAAGAUGUUUGCUUUCUCUUUCUAUUUCAAUACUGCAUCUCCUUUUGUUUUCUCUUACGGCACUAUGGGAUACAAUGAUUUGUAUGAAUAUUCCGAAAGGCCUAUUUGCUGGUUUAAAAAAACCGUUUAACAAAACAUAAUGGUUUUCAAUUGACAUAUAUUUAAUUGCUUCAAUGUUUAAUAUGGCUCAAGACCCGUUCUAAAGCCAAUUUAACAAAUAAAUCACGAACAUUUCAAGCCACAUGUGGAUCUGGACAUCACUUGUUAAGAAUGGUACAAAAGAUUUACAACAUCGAAUAGAUGCAAAAAAAACUCUAUUGUAUAGAUAUUUUGUUUCAUCUUUUUGCAUAUUUCCGAGACCAAUUCAAAGUAACAAAAAAAAAUUCAAAUUAUUACUGCGGAAUGUACUACUGUGCCAAUGUUUUAUAGCAUUCAACAGCUGUCAAAAUGGAACUGUCAAUUUUGUUCGGAUAAUGAAAAACAAAUAUAAACAACGAGCCGGUGAAAAUUUGUUACGAUAACGCCUUGCCGUGAAGCUGUGAGCUUUGGAAACGAUUUACCUUUUGCACAAAGUAUUUCUCCUGAUAUGAGGUUUAAGGAGGCUCUUAAAUCUUGCUGGGUAACCACACUGUUCGGUGCCGUACUGUUGCUGGUCGGAUCUGUUGUGCUCAUUUGGAACGAGGGUCGUACCAUACGCAUUCUUCUGUCACUAGAUGAAGCACUAAACGAUGCGAUCACAGUGAGUGCCGAUAUGCCCUACGAAAAGCAAUACGAGGGACGUUUAAUUCAUCUGAAUGGAGCGCUUUCGACGGGCGAACCACUAACUGAACCGGAUUACAACAUCCAGGUGCAAGCGGUGAAAUUAAAACGACGUGUGCAGAUGUACCAGUGGGUCGAGGAAUCGGUUGAAAAUCGCUUUGGAGAAUCCGUUGCGACAGUAGAAACCGAAGAUCGUUCCUACUUUUACAGCAGAGAGUGGCGCGAUAAUUUGAUUGAUUCGCGCAGCUUUUACAUACGCACCGGUCAUCACAAUCCGACCUCGUUUCCCAUCGACUCGACGGUGCAUCUCUCCGAGCAUGUUCAUAUUGGUCCAUACGAGCUCGGCAUCGUAGCAAAGGAGCGCUUUAAAACCUUCCAAGAGGUUACAUCUGACACGCGACCCGAAGACCCCUCGGUUAGGAUGCAUGCGGGACUUUACUAUCAUUGUAACGACAUAUGGAAUCCGGAAAUCGGUGACAUUCGGAUACAGUUUGCGUACGCAGGUCUCGAAGGGUCCUACGUAACCGUGGUGGGUAAGCUGGAGAACGGCAAGAUAGUACCGUACGAGUCGACUCACUUUCGCAAAGUGCUUCUGCUCGAAUCGGGAGAACACAAACUGCACGAAAUCUUCCGCCUAGAGCAUCAACAACAGCGAAUGGCCACAUGGGGCAUACGGUUCAUCGGGUGGGUGUUGUUGUUUUUCGCCACGAUUUGCUGUGCGACGAUAAUGAAACACCUUGUCAGGGAGCACCGGUUCAUGCGAAUGUUCUUCCCCGACAUAAAUUUCACGCUUUCAACCAACAUAAUGAUAUCGUUUUCGGUCGCGCUGGUAAUUGUUUCGAUUGCGUGGAUUGUACACCGGCCGUGGCUGGGUGGUGGUUUGCUGUUUGCUGCAAUGUCACCAUUUUUGUACUGUGCCCGUGGGAUCAUGGGCAGCUAUCAGCGAGUGGACUGAAGCGAGUGAAGAUGAGAUUGAGUAGGGUACUUUUGUGUAAGUUUUAACCAAAAAAAAAGUUUGUCAUUUUAGUUUGCACUUGUGAUAUUAAUCCAUUUCUUGCGUUUGUUUUUAUAGAAUGAAUACUCACAAUAAACCAAUUUUAACCUUAUGUUUUUU